AUGUUCUUUGUGCCACAAAUGGAAGCAAGUGGCUUGGGAUUCGGAACUGCUCGGACUCGCCUGGAUUCUCGUGGGUUUCGUCAGCGUGACAGCGGCUCCUUGUGUGUGGCUGGGAAAAGGUCGGAUCUUCGGGCUGUGGUGCCGUGGGAAUGGUGUCAGGCACACGUCCAAAGCGGCGAGAUCGUGUGGGAUCCCAAUGUUGGCACGCGCGCCAACAGCACAUUGAUCUCCGACGGCAUCAUUCUGGUGGCGACAGUGACGACAGCAAAUGAGGAGGUGGUGCUCAGAGGCGAAGUGGACCUGGACGCAGAGCCAGCAUGCAUUACCUGGUCAUGCUGGAACGACCUGCCUUCCGAGAUUCAAAGCUUCAUGUGGAUCAAGGGCUGACCUUGUACAACGAGCAGGAUGGGCCAAGGCGCGGCAGGGACACCUCGUGUGAACAAAUCCGUAUCAGGAGGCAUUUGGUGUCUUCAUUUGACUGCCAAGUAUCACCAAGUCAGGAAUUGCAUUCAAGUUAUUGACCAGACCAGUUUGCAGAAACAAGGGGGAGCAACAAAGGCGCCCUGCUUUUUGUGCGUGCUUUUUGGCGGCGUUUGAAACUAGAUUCUCGUGGUUUUGCCUUCAGAAAGUCUGUGAGUGAAUCGUAGAUUGCCAACACCAGGUUUGUUUCCCGAGGAGGGCAGAAAUUUCUGGGA